UGUCAUAUAUAUGAUAUAUAUCAGACCGAGUGUGUACGCAAGACAUGGCUAUUAUAAUUAAGGUUGAAAAACAGUUCUCCAAAAUCAUAAAACCCUUUGUUCCAACCCUUCCAACGCUCCGGCACUACAAGCUAGGCUUUAUUGAAGAAUUUGUUGCUUUUUUAAAGGUUGGUGUUGUUCUUUUCUUUUCCCCAGUUAGCGAUAAGCACAACCCAAGUCAGUUUUUUGCCCUGCAACUAGAGAAAUCGCUAGAGAAAACGUUAACACAAUUCUACCCUCUUGCUGGAAGAUAUAUCGAAGAAAAUCAUAUGGUUGAUUGCAGCGACCAAGGUGUUGAGUUUAUAUGGGCCAAAGUUAACACCACCCUCCAAGAUUUUCUUUCUUACAAAGAAAAUGAUACGACAAUCACUGAUGAAUUCAUUCCAGCAUGCAAUAUUAAUCAUGACUUACUACUUGCCACUCAAGUUACUAUGUUUGAGUGUGGUGCUGUAGCAAUAGGUGUAUGUGCUACACACAUGCUUUUUGAUGCCUCUACUCUAUGUACAUUUAUACAUGAAUGGGCUGUCAUGAACCGCGGAGAAUUUAUUAAAACCGAUCAAUUCACAGGAGCUGGUUUUAGCUCGUCCUGCUCGCUGUAUACUACUCGUGGUUUAUCUCCCUCUCCGUUAAUGAGUGUUGAAAUGCUAACCAAAUAUACUAGAAAGAAAAUUUCACUCAAUGAGAGUGUAAUUUCUAAAAUAAAAGCAGCAAAUGGAACCCGUCAUAAAUGGUCAAAGGUUCAAUUGGUAGCAGCAAUCAUUUGGAAGGCUUUCAUUUGUGUUGAUCAGAAAAUAUAUAAUUAUCUAAGAGAGUCUGUUCUCAUCCAGUCGAUAAACCUUAGGGAAAAGAUGGCAUCCUUGAUACCCAAAGAUUCUUGUGGAAAUAUCGUCGGGCUGUUUAGCACAGAAGCUGGAGUUGCAGAAACAACAGAAGCACUUACGGAUCUAUUAAGUGAUUCUGUGAGGAAAACCUUAACGAACUACUCAAAGGUGUACCAUGAUAGCGAAGAAGGGAAAACUAUGGUUUUCGAUUCAUUUUCACAAAUAUUGAAUAUUCCUGAAUCCACUAAUGCGGUAAUUUUAACUAGUUGGUGUAAGUUUCCUUUCUAUGAAGCUGACUUUGGUUUUGGAAAGCCCAUUUGGGCAGCCCCAGAAACAAUAACUAUGAUAAACCUUACAACUUUGAUGGAUGAUGCGGAAGGCAAUGGAGUCGAAGCAUAUGUAUUUCUAGAGACUAAAGACGUUCCGGCAUUUGAAGAAGCUCUCUAUCAAGUUAUAAAUGAUUUUGCCGCCUGA